AAAUAAUAUAUGAGUUCACUCAUUAUGUAUGAAGAUGAAGCGAUUGAUCAUUAUAAUGAGUAUUUGAUGAGCAAAAGGAAAGAAGUAACAGAAAUAAAGAAUUAUAAAUUCAAUGGGAAAUUCAAUUCAAAGCCAACGAAAGCAUUCAAAUUAAAAAAUAAGAAAAUUCAUUAUUUAACAUAAUCACAGAUAUUGGCUUUAGUAGUUUUAACAUUUGCAGUUGAUGAGGGUUUGCAAUUGAGAUGGUUUUUAUUUCUCCAUUGUUUUUGAAAUUGGACACUCCAGAACUUUUGGACUCUUCAAUUUGGUUGUUUCCUCCUGUAAUUAAUUUAUUAAUCUAUCCUUUUAUUCGAUACUACAGCGAAAGCAAAUCACAUUAAUUAAAAAACGCAAUGAUUUAUUUCAUCAUAGUUUCCAUAAUGGGAAUAGGACUGUUAGCUGAUACAAAAUCAUUGUAUGUGGAUUCAAUAAAUAAAAAAACAUCAGUUCUUAUAAUUUCAAUCAUAAGUUUCACAGUGAUGGAUGUGGGCUUAGAGAUGCUGGGAUUUGCUUGUUCGGCUCUGUUAGAAGAUUACGUAAAUCCAAAGCAACAGUAAAAAGUGUAGUCCUACCGAACAUUUGUAGAUUCAUUUGGUAAAUUUACAGGAUUCUUAGUUUCGAGUGUCUUGGCAUUCAAUUUUAUAUAUUUGAACUUUGAUAAUUUCAUAGAGAACUUAUCAUUCGCAUAUCUAGUAGGAUUGAUAAUGAUAUUGAUUGGAUUUGGAAUGGUUCUAAUAUCAUUCCCACGCAAAGGAUUGGAUUUAGUCUAAUCAUAGCACAAGAUGAGAUUUAGCAUCAAUUCAUUUUUGCCCGGAAUAACAUUUCUUUUUCAAUUGCCCUAGAAUAUGAAGAUAUUUUUGUUAUCCCAUUUUUUUACUUGUGGAUCCCAAUUGUUUGUAUCAGUCUACGCAACUCUAUGGUCAGGCAUAACCAUGUUGGAAGAGGGUCCUCAAUAGUAUAAUGAAGCUAUAAGGAAUAUAGUAUUUGACAUAGGAAUUAGCUGGGGUAUUGUUUCAAUAUUAUACAGAGGGGCUUUGGCAUUGUGUAUGAGUGCGAUACUUCAUCUCUUAACAACUUUGUUCUUAAAACAAUUGGGAAAUCGUUACACAAACACAAUUUAUAUGAUCGUGAAUGCCUUGGCUGGGGCAUCUCUGUUAUAUACUUGGUCAGUUAAUGAAUUCUAUUCAAUUUUUAUCACUCUUCCAUUUUGGGGAGUGCAAACAGCUGUUUUGAGUGAAUUACCCUAUAAAUUAGCAAACCAAUUAGAAGAUGAUCAAGUUAGGGAUACAAUCAAGGGGCUCUUACCUUAGAUGCUUAAUUUAACAACCUUUUUUUCUUAAGCAUUUAUGUUUUUCAUUAUCCCAUUAGGUUUUUUAUUGUUUUCUAGUGUUGAUGACAUUUCAGUGAGCAUGUUCAUGAGUGGGAUUUUCAGUUUAAUAGGAUCAUUUUUAGUUUGCUUUUUAUGAAAUAUUAUUAAUAAAUUUAUAUAAUUCAAUAUUUUAUUAUUA